CAAAUAGAGUUGGCUUUAUUGAUGAACGAAAAACAAAAAUCGAGACCAUGACUUGAAAAUGGUGGAUCGCAGUUCAUUUUGCGUCUUUUUCCGAUUCUCUUUUUCGUUUCUCAAAUCCGUUUCUUCCAGCGAUUUUAGACGGAGGGCGGAGAUGUUGAUAUUAAAUGUACAGUACUAAGAACAAGUAGCCAAACAUCUAAAACAAAAAUUACGUUUUUGUACCGGGUUGCUCGCUCUACUGGCCGAGUUUCUUUUUGGCAAGAACAGAAGUAUAACAACUCCCAGCCAGCAAAAUGUUUAUGUUCCACCGAAUACUGAACCUGGUCACGAUGAUAUGCAAGAAAAAAACUGUGUAAGUGUAACUUUCUUGGAGGAUUAGCAUGGCAAAUAUCUCUCGCAUGACAGCAAAAACCUGUCAUGCGCAGAUACUACGUGAAAACGCCCUUUAAUGAGCCCCACGAUGCAUGCCAAGCAUGACAGACGCAAUCAGCUUGAAUGGUGCGCAUCACAAAUUUACACUAACAACGUUUUUUUCUUGGAUAGAUGAUGUACCAGGAGGAGGACGGUCUGACAGUCUGCUCCUACAUCCGCAAGCCGGAUAGGGAUCGGUAUUAUUUUUUUGAAAACUAUAAAAGCUUGUUCUGGUUGUUGUUCAUGCAUACUACAGCAUGAGGACAAAAUCACGUAGUUUCAUUUCUCUCUCUGCAUGACAAACAACUCCAACAACGAACUCCUCAGCAUGCGCGAGGCCGCGGCGGAGCGGGAAAGGAGACGACGGGAGGAGGAAGAGGAAUCCGAGUCAGAGUCCGAGUCUGAAGCGGAGUCCGAGGAACGGCGGAACAACGGUGUCGACCAAGCGAAGAGCAAUAAAGGGGGAAACAGGAAAACAACUUCUCCCAAGGGCGGUGGCAAGAGCAAUAAUGCCCCUGCUUCCGGAAUAAAAAACACGAACACGACGACCCAACGAGGAGAGGAAACGGGUGGUCGCGUGGGCGGCCCGAGCGCACCAAAUGCGAGUCAGCCAGAAGGGGAGGCGGCCAAUGCGGCGGUCGGUCGUGGAGCAGGAGCUGCCAGGGAGUGAAGUAGAGAUGUGGUCUUGUGAAGGUUUUCAAGCAUAAGAUGGGAACGCCGCUGUUGAUCAGAUGAAGAACUCUAUUUAUUGAAUACCAAGAAUGUUGCGCGACAGAAGAUGAGAUUCAGCAUCCGCAGUUUUCUGAUUACAGCGACCUGGCCACCAGCUAACAUUCUCGAAGUUCUUGAGCUUUUCUUUGUUUCCAACGACCUAAGUACUUGCGCCGCGUAGAAUCGCGCAGCACCAAUAGCACCGAAGCGAAUUUAUUAUGAAGAUCUAGCGACCUCCGAAAAGACAGACGCAAGUCAGAAUUCACUACGAUUUGAAAGAGGAAGAUCCUCUCAAUGGGGUCGUCGAACUUCCGCCCUGGUAGCUCCGCCCACGUCGCCAAGGAGAGGGCUACGGCGGCAAUCGAUCUCAGUUCAUCUUCCGAUGUUGGUCGUCCUGCGUUUUCGUUGGAAUUAUUUGAG